UCGUUGCUACAACAUCAAUGGCGGACGAAACUUGUGUUUGGACUUGAAGGAUUGGAUACAUUGUGAUUUUGCAUUCUUAAUAUUUGAAAUGGACCUGUCAGCAUCAGCGAACAUAGAAGGCCCUGAUGUGAUGGGGAUCCUGGAGGAUGAGGAUGGAAUCCUGGAUUAUGAAGGGGACCUUGACCUUGAUGAUGAUGAUGACUUGGAUGUUGACACUGUCAUUGACGAGCACCAGUACCCUGCGACGGCCGGGGAGAAGGUGACAUACCAGGAGCAGAUUCGAAUGAUCCACCUGAGGAGCCACAUCAACCAGAUGGUGGAGAAGGUGGAGGCUCACCAGUACACAGCCGAGAAAACAAGGGAGGAACAGAAGAAGUGUCAGGGUCAUAUACAGGAGCUGACUUCAGAGAGAGACAGGCUGUUCAUGGAGAUAGAACAAAAUGAAACUGAUAACAACACAGCUGCGCUGUACAGACUACGGUCGGCACAUGAGAGAGUGUGCAGGGAGAUCCAGGCUGAGGGGGACUUGGAGAAGGUGAUUGCUGAGCGACUCGAGGAAGCAGAAUAUGAGCUUGCAAAAACGGAGGUUGAACAUGGCAAGUAUAUCCUCAUCGAGGCUGACCUGUUAGAGAGAGAGGAGCAGCUGGCAGCUGACAAGACAACACAGGCGAUGGUGAGGUUGAAGAAGGAACAGAAGUACGCAGAUCAGGCUGGACACGCACAACGUAGACGGGAGAGAGACCAGAGAGAGGCUAUCCGGGCACGAGAAGAUCGACACCGACAUGCCAUGGAGGAAGCUAAGAGAAGCCAGGAAAGGGCCAAUAAGUACCUCAACAUCACACUUGACAAACUGCGCACCCGAGAAAAGGAGGUAGAGAACCGCUACCAGUCCGACAUGCAGAAGAAAAUAGAGAUGUUGGUGAAACUCAAGAAUGAUAUUGCAGCCAACAGGGAAAACCUGCGAGCACUUCGAGCUCGUGACAAGGCGCGCGAGAGAGAGGAGACAUUCAUGGAGCAAGAGGAGAGACGGAGGAUAUCGCAAGAUGGAGGAAAUCCAGAUGAGGCUCUGCUCAUAAAGAAACGUCUAAAUAGUUUUGAGAAGCAAAAACUUCAGUUUGAGGAGCAGCAGGUCCAAAACAAGAGUGAAAUCCUGGGGCGGGUUUUGUUGGAGGAAGAGAGGAUGCGCCGGAGGAAGAAACAACAGCCCCUGUUGUGGGAGGACCAGAAGAGACAAAAGGCAAAGAUGGUUGCCCCCCAUAAGAAGAAGACUUUGAAAGUGUUUGAGGAAUAUACCAAGAUGUCUGAGGGUCUCACGUCAGAGGAAACAUUCAGUCGAUCUCCUGAUCUACAACCAGAGAAGCAGGAUGGGGUGAAGGAUGACACAGAGGAUGAGGAUGAGAGACAGGACCAGUUCCGGGAGAUGGACACUACCCAUAAACUGCUCGACUCUAGUGACUCCAAUGCCGGAGACAGUGAAGAUGAGCAGCAUGUUAACUUGGCCAAGCCAGAGUUUGAAGGGUUGUGGGACCAGCACAAGCCGUACAAGGUGCCAAAAGAUAUGGACGGCCUUGUCAAGCUGCCUGGAGCCAGCAAGAUGGACCAGGAAAUCCUGGCGAAGGUUUUGGACAAACACCGUGAGGGAAUCAUUGUUAAACAAGUGGCUGCAGGGAAGGAGUUCACAGGAUGUCCCUUCUACAGCAAACCGGACAUCAUUCACUUCAAGGACUUCAAUGUCGGCCACUGCUACAAGAAGAAGGUGACGCUGACCAAUGUCUCGUACACAGUCAACUAUUGCAAGUUUGUGGGUAUCACAGAGAGGCUCAAGGACUUCAUCCAUAUUGACUUUGAUCCCCCUGGCCAGAUGUCAGCUGGUUUGACCUGUGAGAUGAUGGUCACAUUCAAGCCUAUGAUCAACGAGGACCUGAUUGGUGAGGUCAGCUUCCUGUCCCAGACGGGGCCUUUUGCAAUCCCGCUGCGAUGUACAACCAAGAAAUGUGAUCUCCACGUUGACUCCAAGAUCGUGGAGUUCGGUACCACCGUGAUUGGAGAGACACUCAAACGCACUGUGACUCUCAGCAACAAGGGAGCGCUUGGAACCAAGUUUGAGUUCUUCAAGGUCACAGGGAUGAAGCAGAGAACCUGCACAACAGCUGAGACUUCACUAGGAAGGCUGACAACUGCGGACACACUGAGAGCUGUGAGCCCAGACUCGGUGGAAUUCACAGACAAGGCAAAGUCCAUCAGUCUCACAGACAGAGGGCAAGAGAGCAGAAAAAAGAUGUCUAUGGAUGAUUUGGAGAAGAUCCCAGAACAAAGCCCUGAGUUGACUCCUUCAUAUAGUCAGGCAUUACCCGACGGAGCUGUUCUGCCAGAGGGUUCUGGUGGGAGAGGAGAUGUUCUGCCAGGCAGUGAGCUGAAGCCAGGGGAGCUGGAUGGAGAAGUUGCCUCCCCUGACUUUGCAAUCAGUGAAAUGGACGAUUAUGGGACACUGGAUGGAAUGCGAGUCGGUCAGGUGGUCACAGGGGAGAUUGGUCCUUUCUCUUCAAUCAAACUUGAGAUCAUCUGGCAACCAACAAUACCAGGGAAAGUGGACACCGAGUUCCUCGUUACUUUCUCAGACCCCCUGUCUGAUGUGCUUUCUGUCAGUGCGUUGGGGACGGCAAUGGACGUCCCUGUGUGGGUGGAGAGACAGACCGUGGACCUGAGGAUCUGCAUGCUGGACCGACUCUUCCAGGACACUGUUAUCGUAAACAACAGAGCGACCACGGCCCUGCGGCUGAGGUUUGAGGUGUGUAAGGAGUUGCGUAACCACCUGGAGCUGCUGCCUAAAACUGGAUAUAUCCAGGCACAGUCCCAGUUCUCUGCUCAGCUCAAGUUCCUGCCCAGAAAGAGCCUGUUUGAGGAAGCAGGGAAGUACUUUGACAAGGAGACCGGAGUGUUGGAAGCUCCCCUGCUCAUACGGGUGGCGGAUCAGACACAGCCUGUGCCCUUCACCGUGACAGCAGUAGUCACUAACUCAGACAUGGAGUUUGAUAUCACCAACAUUGACUUCGGCUGCUGCACCAUCUACGAGUCAGUCAAGACGUCCAUCCAACUGACCAACAAGUCCAUCCUACCCCAGCCAUUUGGCUUUGUUGGGCAUCCAGAUUACGUGGAGAUCCAGCCCAACGAUGGCUUCGGGACUCUGCUGCCACUCGAGACUAUUGAACUACACGUCAUCUUCAGCCCUCCCAAAGCCAGGGACUACAAGUUUGACCUCUGCUGUAAAUCUCUUAUCAACAGGAUGUUCAAGAUUCAGUGUAAGGGGGUCGGCGUCCACCCCCCCCUGGAGUUGUCCCACCAAGUCAUCCACUUCGCUGCUACAUCGCUGUACGACGUCUCCACUGCCUCGCUCCAUGUCGUCAACUCUCACACCAGCAGCAAUGAGUUCACUCAUCCUGUUCCAAGGAUUGGCAAAGGUGAGAUUGCUCCUGUUGGGCCGACAUCCUUCGAGUUUGUCCUUCCGGAGGACUGCCCACUGACCGUCUCUCCUACUGUCGGCACCAUUGAGCCAGGAAAGAAAUGUCGCAUCCAUUUGCGAUUCUCCCCCAAGCUGAAGGAGUGUGACAUACGUAAGGAGGCGGUGCGGAUGGCCACUCGGAUCAUGGAGGCCCAGGCAGACAGGGAGUACCGUGAGGCCUUGAAGAAGGAGAAGGAACAGCAGGAGCAGGCUCAGAAGGCAGCUGCUGUGGCCAAGAAGCCAGCCAAGGGGAAGGCCUCCCCUAAGCCUGCGGGGAAGGGCAAGGGCCCAUCUCCCCAAACACAUGGGGCAGGGUCAUCUGUUGCCAAGCCUGGUACUGUGAUCCCACCGGAGCCAGAUGCUAUCAGCACAGACUCCCCGGCCUAUGCUGCUGCUAUAGGAUCUCUACUGAGGCAAUACAGGGGAGGCUUCAAGACUUACACUGUGCCCUGCUAUGUGGCCUCGGGGACAUGCGCCAACCCUGGAGAGUUGCCCUACAGCAUCCACAACACACUGUACCUGGAUGUGCACUGCCCAGUGGUCAAACCUCCCAUCGUGGUCAUCUCUGACAAUGGCAAGACCACUCUGGACUUCGGUGAAGUGUCUAUCGGUCAACAUACGACCAAGUCUGUGACAAUACAGAACAUUUCAGACAGAAACCUGGAACUUAAAGCAUCACUACUGGACACGACAGGACCAUUCCAGAACCUGAAUGCCCUCCGGAUGCUGCCACCAGGGGGCACUCACACAGCCGUCAUAUCCUUUACACCAACAGCGGGCAGAGUGUUCCAUGAGGUUUUGGAGAUUCACAGCCCUACAGCUAUCAUGUUCCUGACACUGUCUGGACGAGGUGUCAGCCCCAUCGUCAACCUGUCCAUUGACUCGGGGCUGUUUGACAUGGGCUCUGUGCUAUCUGGGGAGUAUGUGGAGAGGCCUUUCAAGAUCCAUAACACAUCUUCCUUGUCCAUAGACUAUGUGAUUAAGAUGGACAGCCUCUCCCUCCUCCGCCAUGCCAAGAGUCAGGUGGUGCCAGGCUUUGUGGAGAGGGACAAAUCCAGAAAAGUAUUUGUCGGAACUCAGAACAAUAACGGGCAAAAUGUGUUUGACCUAGUUCCAUCAGAAGGCACAAUAGAAGCUGGUGCUUCCAAAGAAAUCCUGGUCACCUUUGCUCCUGACCAUGCCAGUGACCACUACUCUGAUGGGGUCCGAAUAGAACUCUUCAAUCAAGAGGAGAGUCACUUUUUCCGGUUACUUGGUGUAGCCAAAGAUCAUAUCAUGUACCUGGAGGGCGGAGAGGAUCUGUCUCCAGAUGUCGAGUCUCUGUCUUUUGUUCCGCUUCCCACAGAGGAGGAUGGAGAGGAACUGAAGCCAUCCAUCAAACCCCUGCUCAUCACAUUAUCUAGCGUUGCCAAGGACGACGAGUUCAUGACAGCAACGAGGGACAUCUAUGUUGGCUGUGUCAGAACUAUGGCAGUCAGUCAGAAAAAGGAAGGAAAGAAGAACGGGGAGUUCCAGAUCGAGAACCUGCAGUCGUUGCAGGCUAAAGGAUUCAACAUGGAUCCUCAGAGGGGAAUGAUAGAAGCUGGCAGCAGAAAGCCCAUCACUGUCACAUGGACACCACCUUCAGGAUAUGACCCCACUGUCCCCACAGAAGGCUCAGUGAUCGUCACACUGAAGGGGGACGUCACCGAACAGUACAAGGUCAUCGUCAGGGCCAUGGUCAUCACAGAGUGACCAGCACCAUAGCACUGACUGAAGUCCUCAGAGAGCACAUGUAUGAACAUUCUGAGGAAUUUGGUCAUCAACAGAAGUGUCUUGAUCUGUGCCUGUACACCAGAGAAGUCCGCUUGGGAGACUUUGGAAGUGAUUGACAAAUUAUUACAGAAAACAGCGAUUGCUGUUUGAAAAUAUGUCAAAACAAAUGUUUCCGGUUUCCAGAUAUUUGUUUUCCCCAUGUUGGACCAAUUUAUCACCAUUCCAGUAUUGUCAAUAAUUUAUGCCAAAAGUCUGAAUUUGUUAUGCUUCACUGAACAGAUUCAAAGUGUUCAAAGCAUUGUAACUGAGUUGUCAUUUGAAGGCAGGUAUUUCAAAGAAAAAACAUAAAUAAACCUUAAAAAUACUCUGACCUUCCGACCCUAUUUUUGAAUGGGCUAAAGCCGCUUAACAUGAGUGCUGAAAUUGGAAACUUGUUUUUUUGGCCUGAGAUAUGCGAAUGUCUGUGACAACAUUGAGACUGAAAAUGCAGAGAAAGAAAUAUGUUGACAGAUUCACUGCUGGAUGCCAUCAACUCUCGUCUUCUUUCAAACAUGAUUUGUGUUCAUCCGUCCACAAGUGAACUGAUAUUUAAAAUACUACAAAACUGUGAAAUAAUAAUGUGAACUUUUGACAUUGUCAUAUCUGUGAUAUUUUUCUAUGUAUGGUUUGUAUUUACUUAUUGUUAAAGUGAAUCAACAUAUUAGACUAUGUUUCAGGUGUUAUUUUAUGGACAUUCCAAAGCAAUAAAUAAUUAUGA